AUGGCAACUACUACUGAAGCAUCCAAUACAUCAGCUACUACCACCACAGAAAAUGCAACAUCAAAAACAAUUAAAAUUCAAUCUAAUGAUGGAGACACGUAUGAGAUUGACCAAGGCGUUGUAGAACAGUCAUCAACUAUUAAGACAUUAUCUGAUUUAAUGGAUCUGGGAGACGUACCAAUUCCAUUACCGAAUGUUAAAGGAUCAAUUCUUGCUCCAAUUGUUGAAUUUUGCAAUUAUCAUAAAAACGAUCCCAAACCUGAGCCACUUGAUGAUGAUGAUGACGAUGAUCCAAAUAAAGAUAUCUAUGAACCAAAACGUUCGGAUGAUAUUUGUGAAUGGGAUCAAAAUUUUAUUAAAAGAUUUACUGUGCAAGAAGGUACACUCUUUGACAUCAUUAUGGCUGCUAAUUAUUUGGGAAUAAAAACAUUACUAGCUGUUGGUUGUAAAACAAUAGCCAAUAUGGUUCGUGGUAAAGCAUCGUCCGAAGUACGCGAAAUGUUUAAUAUUUCCUAUGAUCCACCCGGUGAAGGUUUAAAUGCGCCUAAUGCUAUCGAAAGUCAAGCAGGGACAGUACCAACAACACAGGAUACAAGCGCGACAGGUCCAUCUCCACAACCAGAUCCAAUGAAUUAA